UUAAGGUCGCAUUGUUCUGAUUCUGGGAGAAGCAGCCCGCUACCACAGCUGCAAGCACCAGCAGUUUUUUUUUGAUGUACGUCACUGGGAAUUUCAACCUCGCGUUACGUAGACAUGUCCCUAUCUCGCAUUCUUUAGUAAUUCGCAACGUGCCUUACUAUCUCGGAAAAUUAGGGUUUUUUCGGGGAACUUGAUUUUUCUUCUGGAGUUAGGCUGGUGUUCGAGUGUUCAUUGCUUAGAUCAUGACAUUGGGUGUUGGGGAUUCUAUUAGAAUUCGAAAGGAGACUUCCUCUGGUUUUUCGUGACUUGGAGUAUGCGUGAAAGUUUGUUUAGCGGGUGCGAGCUGUAGCUCGAGGACAUAAGAGCUUUCGACAUCAUGAGAGGGAUUUUAUUGAAGGGGUUUUUUAGGUGCAAAGCUCUCAGUUCCACAUCUAGUGCCCGGACUCGUAAACGCAAAACAGUGUUUCCACUACCGCAAGUGAAGCGUUGGAAAUUAACCCACUCGUCCAAUUUUGUUGAAAGUGUUGAAGAUUGUUCUAGUAAAGAAAAUGUUGUUUUGGAAGAGGAUGUGCGAAGCGAGGAGAACGCUGGUGUUUGUGAAGGAGCCAAGCGUGCGGACAAAAUAUGGGGGCUUUCUGAAAACUCUAUCAGACACAAUGACGAUGCAUUAGUUUCAAGUGGAUCUCCAGGCGAAGAGAAUUUUAGUUUGUACCCAUCUGUGGCUUAUGAGGGCAAUGUAGCCACGGUUAAGCUUGGAGUUGGCCAGAUGGUCAUUUUGGAUGGAUGUGCUAUGGUGCAAGUUGUAGAAGGGCAGGCGUCUAUGCUGGGUUACUCUUUACCCCGUGGUGUAGACAUCCUUGUGUGCUCAAGCUCCAAACUUGCUGAAGUCAUUACUUUUGAAGCUCGGAUACAAGUGGGAGAUAUUAACAUGACAGAAGAAAUAAAGGAAAUUGAAAAACCUUCAAGCUUGGGUUGCGAGUUAAGAUUUGCCUCUCAUGGACUUGGUAAACAAGAAUCGACAAGUGAAGCAGUUUCUGGAAGUAGUUUAUCCUUUAAACUGGGAUUUGCUGGACUACUGGAUUCUUCGCCUGGAAUGAAAGGGGAACAAAAUUUUGUAGAAAAAAUAAAUCAAGAACCAGAUUCCCGUGACAUGAAUGAAUCUGAGAGCGAUGACGACGACCUUGCUUUAAAUUCUGAAGCAAGUUAUUCAGAGAGUGAAGACGAAGACGACAGAGAUGAUCAGGUUGAGGUACCUUUGGAAGGUUUAGAUAUGGCUGCUGAUACAGAAACUGUUGGGAAGCGCAAAGGUGGUGGACUGAACUCUUCUAAUGUGAAGAGGCAAAGGGUAGUGGAGGCAUUGGAUAGGGACUCUUCUGCAACGUCUAUACCACGCGAUUGGAAGGACGCUGUUGAAACUAUCACACUUGGAUCUAAUUUUCCGAUUGUUGCUAUUUGCGGUGCGAAGAAUGUUGGAAAGUCUACAUUUGCUCGGUUCCUCGUGAACUCACUUCUUAACAGGUAUAAAGAGGUUGCAUACCUAGAUACAGACGUUGGACAACCAGAAUUCACCGCGCCUGGGUGUAUAUCGCUGCAUAUUCUCGACACCCCAGUUGUUGGUCCACCAGCAAUGCACCUUCGGACACCCGAGAGGUGCUUCUUCUAUGGAGACGUUUCUCCCAAAAGUAACCCGAUGAUGUAUAUCGAACAUGUAGCUGAACUUUUCAAUUGUUUUCUUCAAAAAUAUACCCUCAACUCCAUUUCUACAAUCCCACUCGUCAUCAAUACGCAUGGAUGGGUAAAAGGUAUUGGUUAUGAUGUUAUUGUCGACAUCUUGAAUUCUACCGUUCCAACACAUGUUGUGCAAGUGUUAGCCUCCUCAAAAAAAAGGAACCUACCACGCAACAAGUUUUGGGAUGAGUCGAGUAUGGCUGAAACCGUCUAUGUAGAAAGCGCAGUGGAGAAACUAAAAACGCAAAGAACUGCAAGAUCAGCGCAUCAUCUACGAGCAGCCAGAUUGCUCGCGUAUUUCCAACAGUGUUUUGGUGAAAACUCAGCACCAUUUCCUUACAAGGAAGUCAAGCUCUUCGCACAGACUGCUAUGUCCCUUGUGAGAGAUACUCCAUACGAAGUUCCAUUUACAGCCCUUAAAAUCAAACAUCUUCAUUCUGAGGUACCACCAGCAGAGAGUUUUCGUUGUGUCAAUGCAUGUAUUGUGGGUCUGGGAGUUACCUCUGUUGGUAGGGAUAUUCAAGACAAGAAUGACCGGAGUAGGUCAUCUCUGCCGCUGUGUUUGGGCCUGGGAAUUGUGAAAGCAGUGGAUGUGACGAGAGGCGUCUUUUACAUAAGUACACCUGUCCCUCAAGAACAGCUCAAGCAGGUUGAUAUAUUGCUUCAGGGGCGUGUUGAGAUUCCAGUUCCACUUUUGAUGGCUAAAGGAUACUUAUGCCCCUAUUUGAAAGAAAGAUCACAGCUUGUGGAAGGAGUCGGUGCAGGAGUAAUGAAAAGUACCAGGAAGCCAAGUGCGAAAGAAGCUCUAUGAAGCUCAUGUGGACUCUAUUUGAUUCGCAGUUGUCUGCAACAUUCAUCACACUUUCGUAUAUGCUACAUCAUCACAGCUUGCGAUUUUAUUUUAUUUCGCUCAUUAGUCUCAACAGUUUUCUGGAUGGAGUUGAAACUCCGCUAAGACGUGAUCAGCUGCGAAGCGGCAAAGAUAAACUUUUUGACCACACAUUCUGGAUCUUGGCACUGCUCAUCAGAAUUAUGUCCCUGUUUGGUGUGAUAUAAAUUUUUUUAAUGCAUGGUGUAUUCCUUGGAUUAA